AUGACGCAUUUGGAUUUUGAAUCAGAGGACGGAGGCGAAGAACGAGGUUGUCAAACAGUCCGACGUCUGGAUCUUGCGGUUGAGAGUGUUGAGGAAGAGAAUGUGGAAGAUUCGCAAUGGCCCUACAUUGUUUUCUUCCUUCUUGCAAUAGUGACCACGCCAUUGUAUAUGGGUAUUCUUAUUCAAUUAUUUCGAAACAGGAAGAGCAAGAACUUUUCUAGCACUUUUUAUACUUUGAUUCUAUCGCAGAGAUUCACAUCUAUUCCACACUCGAUGAUUAUCUUAUUUCAUUGGACGGUGUCGUUUCUGCUUAUUAUUCCAAUUCUGACCAUCGACAGUGUUCGUUUCGGUUGCGUCUGUAAGAAGCUUGUAGCAAUUGAUCCAGACGACCUCAUGUUGUCUACCAUCAAUUCCGAAGCUAUUGUGCUCACAACCUUCUCGCUAUCUGUAGCGUUCUACGGUUUUACACUGCAGUACAUAUUUGCUAAUCAUGAAGGUAUAAAAAGUCUCGGAAUAAAUUAUCUUAAUCUCCUUGGAAUGUCGGAUGUGUCGAACUCCUCAGCUUGGGAGACCCUGCCGGAGGACAAACCUCCGCUGUGCAUCGCACUUCGACGCCCAGAGUCACUUCCACACCACUAUGAGACGGUUGGGCGACGAGCUGUGCUGAGAGCUAAGCUCGCCGUAGCAUGGCUGCUUAGUGUGGGGAAAAGUCUUUUUGCCACUCUAGCAUUUGCACUGCCUCAGUACCCUGCACUGGGCCCUGCCGUCUCAGACGUCGGACGGUAUGGCGACCGACUGUGUACUUACAACACGAGAACAGUGUCCAGAAACGCUGAUCUGCAUGCCCUUCUCGGCGCUGCAGAGCGUAUCAAAUUUCACGUGAUUGCUCUGCAGGAGACCAAAUGCAGAAGGAGCGACGUACGACAGAUGAAUGACGGUACACACGUCAUUCGUGGAGAGAAGGUUCCGUCGCGAAAUGUAGGCGGUGAUGGUUUUGUCGUGCACCCAUCUGUUGUCCACCUUGUCGAUUCUCACGAGAUCCAGUCACCUCGUCUGAUCAUUCUUCGCCUCCGCCCUCUGCGCCAAAAACCCAUCAGUAUCAUCAACUGCUACUCACCAACAUCAGCAGCUGAUGAUUCCAAAUUGGACGCCUUUCACGAGGAGCUGGAGGAAGUAAUCCACAACGGGAAGUCCUUCUACAAAUCCGUUGUCGGAGACUUCAAUGCAAAACUAGGAAAGGUCACAGAAGAAGAAUACAGGAUUGGAAGAGUUGGACUAGGGAACCGGAAUGAAAAUGACAAUCGUCUCGCCGGGCUGUUGUCCGCCGCUCGCCUCUUUCAUGGAAACUCUAUUUUCAUGAAGAAAGAUCAUCGUCGGUGGACAUGGGAAUCGCCCAACAGCGCGACUCGUGCGGAGAUCGAGCACAUACUCACCAACCGGAGGUGGUGCCUACUUGACGUCUCAGUAGUACCAUCCUUUUGUAGUGGUUCUGAUCACCGUCUUCUUCGUGCGAAAAUUCGACUUAGCCACACGAUGGAAAAGAACAUCUGCUAUCGGCAACGAAGAAGAAAAGAAGUCGUCUACGACGACUGCGUACUCGAGGACUCCUUGUCCAAGACCACCGAGGAAUUGUUGGAAAGAAAAAGGGCUUUGAGGUUUUAUCCGAAUGCAUCGCACAUUGAGCGGCAGAAGAAGAUCCUGGAAGCAGCACAAAGAAGAACGAGUCCAAAGAAGUGCCGCAGGGAUCUCCGCAAAUAUAAUAUUCCGCUAGCAGCCUUGCUGAGCGAAGACGGGACUCGCACGUCUUCUCGUCGUGAGAUGGAAAUCAUUAUGGAGAGGUUCUACUCAAACCUUUUCCGUUCAUCAACUCCUGUGUCAAGCCCGAUCAUCCCCACUGGUGAAGCUCCACCACGGAUUCUCCCUUCGGAAGCACGAGUCGCUAUCAAGAGCGUGAAAUCUGGCACAGCCCCCGGACCUGAUUUUAUAUCAGCAGACUUUCUUCGGGCUGGUGGCCAUCCACUUCAUGUAAUCUUAGCAGCGCACAUGACAUCCUACCUUCAGAAAGAAAGGAUCCCAGACCAGUGGAAGACCUCGCGAACCGUUCUUAUCUAUAAGAAAGGUGACCGAGAGGACCUUCGGAACUACCGUCCGCUAUGCUUGCCGAGCGUGUUAUACAAAGUGUUCACCAAGAUCAUCCUCACGCGCAUAUCUAGGACGCUGGAUGAAGCCCAGCCUCAAGAACAAGCUGGGUUCCGCCAGGGGUUCAGCUGCUUGGACCACAUCCAGACCGUGUCGAGGGUCACAGAGGUUUGCCGGGAAUACCGCCUGCCCUUUGUUCUAAUCUUCGUCGACUAUGAGAAAGCCUUUGACGGAGUAGAAAGGAUGCAAUACUCUCAGCGCUGGUCGAUCAAGGCAGCAUUCGCAGCCGCCAGGGAAGCUACUGACCAACUGACGGACCAAGAUCUUCGUGCCCAUCUGUUAGACUCGCCACUUCUUCCAGCGCUCUGUUACGCAGCGGAGACGUGGGCAGACACCGCUGCCACGUCUAGGAAGCUACUUACUACCCACAGAGCCCUUGCGAGAUGUCUUCUGAAGUUCAACCGGCGCACACAACACCUAGCCGGUCUUCGCAGCUCCGACUUAAGAGGAAUGUCCCGUCUUCGCGACCCAGCGGAAUAUGUUUCAAAAGCAAGACAUAGAUGGACCGGUUACAACAUGAGAAGAAUCGACGAUAGAUGGACUAAAAGAACGCUAGAGUGGAUCCCAAGGGACGCUAAACAUCCCCGAGGGAGACCGCCAACGAGAUGGGGUCCGCUAUACGGAUGGACCAGCUGA